AUGGACGUGGACAAAAUUGUUUUCUACACUGACUCAAGGAUAGUCCUUGGUUAUAUCCAAAACGAAAGACGUCGGUUUUUCGUUUACGUAGCGAACAGAAUCCAGACAAUUCGACAUAUUUCAGAUCCUACUCAGUGGAAAUACGUGGACUCCACAGAAAAUCCAGUGGAUAUAGCAACGCGAGGCAAACCUGCGAAAGACCUAAUGCAUUCAUUUUGGUUUACCGGUCCUGAAUUCCUAAAGAAUCCUGAUUCUACCGAUUCCUCUUCUGAGAUAAUCGAUGUCGAAGUUUUUGAGAUAGAUGAAAAUGAUCCUGAAGUUCACACCCAAAUCACCACUUAUGUUACCGAACAUUCUAAGGCUCAAGGGUUAGGAUCAAGCCGAUUUGAAAGAUUUUCCGAAUGGUCCUCACUACGUAGAGCAAUAUCCAAUUUGACCAUCAGAAUAAAGUUACGGAAGACUGACGAUCAUCAUCUACUUACUUUAAAAGAAGUCCCGCUAUUUUACCGAAGGGGAGUCAUCUGGCCAAGCUAG